AUGCCACUUGCCUUUGAUUGUGAAAGCCCGGCCAAUCAACCUGACUCGACUCGGGACGAAGAGAACCCACAGCUCCUUGGGAUCGUGAUUGACAAGCAGGAAGGACAUUGUGCCAUCUGCCUGGACAAUGUCGAUCUCGUGGCGGAUUCUUCGAAAAUACACCUUUGUACGAUCUGCAAGCAACCUUUUCACCUGGACUGUUCCGGUCCAUGGCUCAAGCUACACGCACUCAAGAAGAUUAUUCAACCAAGGGAGGACAGUUGUAGCCCAAAGUACAUCCGGUCCACCUACGCCCUGUGA